CCAUGCCACGCGAUGCCCCUUCGCAACAACACCACGUCCAUGGUAGUUCCUGGGCCUAUAUUGUCGGCUGCUUACCUCUGGCAUCCCUCAAGCCUAACCCGUCAGCCCCCUCCUUGUUCCAUCUCCGGCCCCUACCCUCAUGGCUCUGACAAGUGGUCAGACCAUGACCCCAUAUUGAACAUUGCGAGUUUGGACGUCUCCGGCUCGAAAGUCCCUUACCAACCCAUGACAACCAUGCCACCUCAUUUUUAGUUACCGCGUGCUGCUUUCCAAUUCUGUCUAAAUCACCGCAUGUAAUUUCCCAUCUUCUCUUUCUUGCCUGUUCUUGAGUGGCCAUCAUUUUAAUUACACGAUUUUCACGGCGGCGCCCGUGCUUCUCAAUCGAGAAGGUAGACGUUCUCUUCACCAACUGGGCUGGUCCCUCCAUUCAGUUACAUUUUUUUACCACCUUUAGUGCUCACUGAUCGACAAUCCCAUCCAUAUCGGACGUAGGGCUGGCCUCUGAUCUACGGGUGCCCAACCCAGAAGCAACCCAUCAUUGAGCCUCUACCUAUCAACAGAAUCACUCGAGUCGGCCGUGAAUACGACAGCAACCGGACCGCGCGAGCACUUUCUCUUCGGACACUCCGCUGGGCGGAACUAAUAUCUACACCACCACUUAAUAUCGAUACCCAACCCCAACCGCCAUGAUGCUCUGGCAACCAACAACCCUCCUCGCCGCCCUCCUGGCGAUGGCCCCUGCCGUUCAAGCCGGCAUCGGCGCCCUCAUUGUCGAAGGCAUGACGCGCGACUCGCCCGCCUACCACCGACGCAUGGAAGAGAUUAUGGGUUCAUACCUCCUGCGCCGGGGCUUUCUCGAAGAACGACAAGCAGAGCUGUCCGCCUCCUCGGUUGGGCAGGACCCCAUCUUCACCGCCGACGGUACCCUUAACAUGACGGCCUGGAACGCCCAAGUCAACGCCGCCUGCAUUUCCACACUCCGCCAGCUGAAACAGGCGAGUAACCCGUCGGGCACAUGCGUAUGCUACAAUCUGCCGGCGCUGGACAACUCGACGGGCGUGUUUGAGGCGGAUCUACGCUUGUUCAGAAUCAGUGAUGCGAGAGACAGUUUUGCGGGGAUCGCGCCGGAAAAGAUUUCGGUGGGCUUGCGGUUUACAGGGGCUAAUGUGAGGACUGCGAACCCGGAUCAGCCUGUGGCAGGUGCUUCACAAGCUUCGCAGGGAACAGCGGCUGCUGCUGCUGCUUCUACUUCCAGCCAGGCCGAGACUGCUUCGCCUUCUUCGGGCGCGGUUGGUGCUGCUUCGGUGGGAAGAGUAGGAGGAAGCGGCGAUGGCGAGGCCGCGAAUAGACUUGCCGUGAGACAGACGACAGUGCAGGAUCUGCCGUCGAAUGGUGAUCCCACUCUGCUACAGCAGUAUCUGUUGGUGGGAAAGAUUGAUGCGGACAAGAUGACUGGUCAGAUGACUAUGGCCCAACUCCAACAUCUCCUCCUCCCCAUCGUCACACUCUCCGGCGUCAACCCGCAAGGCGCCACCGUGUCCACCAACAUCUCCUCCAACGAAGCCGCUUUUGUGGCUGGCGUCUUUAGCAAGGAAGUCGUCCUGUCGGAUUUCAACAGGGCCCAGCUGGCGGUCGAAGACGAGAUUGCUCGUCUCAAAAAUGGCACGACGGCGUUUGUGUUGCCGGGCGUGCAGAUCAUGAUCUUCCCGGUUGGCCUGGUGAUUACGAGUGUGUGGCUGGCGAUUGGCAUCGCGGCGUACGGCUACGGGACGUUUGUCAGGUACAAUUUUGCUGUGCAGUACAAGCAGAGGAGGGCAGUGGUGGAGAGGGGAGGAAUGGCGAGGAUUUGAGUGGUGUUUCUUGUGCUAUUGAAGCUUGGAGUAAAAGGAGGCAAAUUGUGACGGUGGUGACGGUGGUGAUGAUGGAUGUUUGGUGUCUUUUUUCUAUCUGUUUCUUGGAUAUCCAGCCAUAUGGCAAAUGGGAAGGAGGUUUGGAGCGGUCAUUCAUAUCACGUUUCUUGGCCUUGGGCAUUUUGGCUACCACUACUUUCAGAUACCUAGGUACGGGUCGCUUCUCUCUUCCUCCUACAUUAUCAAAAUAGCGAUUGUUUUUUCCCCGCAUUUACAUGGUGUUCAUCAAUUGAGUAUCAUUAUCAUCAACAGUAUACAAUGAGGUAUUCCAGAGAUGCACAUUAUUCUCGCAUAGUUAACACUGAAACUCCCCAUCAAAGAAACGCUCCGG